AGAAAAAUACAAUAAAAAAAUUUAAAAGUAAAAUGACUAAAAUAAUACAAACGCUAAUGAUUAAUUAAAGCAUUAAAAAUGUAAAACGAACAAAGAAAAAAAGCAGAAAUGAAAAACCCCACCUCUGACACGGGGUUACACAGGACUCUCUGAACUUUCCUGUUGGUCCCUGAACGCACCACAAACCGAUUUAAACUCAUUUCCUUUCAGGGAAUUCGGAGGGUUUUAGGACCUUACAGAGUGUUUUUUUUCUGUGCGUGUGUGUGUCGUACUGGGUGGAGCUGCUGAUGAAGAUGAAGAUGAAGAUGAUGAGUGGUGAAUAACUCCGGGCUGGUUCUGUCAGUGGGAGCGUCCUGCUGAAUAAAUCCACCUCCAGCCUCUCCGCUCCAGUCCUCUGAAGCUCUCCGUGCUCCUGGUCUGUCCUCCUGGUCUGUCUUCGGCUCAACAAACUCUCCACGGCACGAUGUUUCUGGCCAAGAAGUUCAUCGGAGGCAUCAUCAAUGUCAUCAGCGACAUCGAUCCGAGUCAGUUCAUCCCCUCAGACCCCAUUCCUCCUCGCAGACCGCUCAACUUCGCCGAGGCUCACGAAAGCGAAGAGGAGCAGCAGUUCAGGAGGGUUUUCAAGCAGCUGGCCGGAGACGACAUGGAGGUGAGUCCCAACGAGCUGAUGGACAUCCUCAACAAGAUCCUCACCAAACACGGAGGCCUGAAGACCGACGGAUUCAGCAUCGAGUCCUGCAGGAGUAUGGUGGCCGUCAUGGACAGCGACAGCACCGGCAAACUGGGAUUCCAUGAGUUCAAGUAUCUGUGGAACAACAUCAAGAGAUGGCAGGGUGUGUAUUUGAGACAUGACACUGACCGAUCAGGUCUGAUCUGCUCCAGAGAGCUGCCAGGGGCCUUCAAGGAUGCAGGUUUCCCUCUCAACGAUCAGCUCUUCCAGCUGAUUAUCCGUCGCUAUAGCGACGAACACGGCGACAUGGACUUCGAUAAUUUCAUUGGCUGCCUGGUGCGACUGGACGCCAUGUGCAGAGCGUUUAAGACUCUGGACAAAGACAACAGCGGCUCCAUCGACCUCGACAUCAAGGAGUGGCUCCAGCUGACCAUGUACUCAUGAAGAAGAAAUACUUUCAUUCUUUAAUUCUGGGACCAAAAUAAAGCUCUAAGAUUGACACAUUUAUAGGAUUUAUUGUACGUAUUAUUUGGAUUGAGCGGUUUUAUUAAACUGACUCUGAAUGUUUGACAGAAUAAAGUGACUUUAACUGGA